CCUACAAGGUAACCUUGGGAAAAACAUGUAAGAUUUUGUGUUGAGCAACCCUGGAUUUCAGAUGUUAUAUAAAAAAAAACAGACAUUGGUAUUAUUUAGUAUAACCUGUCGCAGUAAAAUAUGAUUAUCUAUAGAAAAAGUAUAGUUAUUGGAUUAGAUUUUUAUAUUAUUAGUACCUGAUAAUCAAAAAAUGGAUACUUAUUUAGUAAUCUAUACCCGUAAAAUAAUCUAUGAUUAUCUAAUAAUAUCUUCCGACCGUGUUAUUGAUUAUACAAAAACUCAUCAGAAAUAUCAUGAUUUUUCCGAACGAGCAUCAACAAAAAUUACUGUAGUGCCAAUGAAUAAAAAAGGUUUCAGUGCUUAUACAGCAUCAGGAUAUGUUACACUAAUGAAAAAUUCUUCAGUAUAUCGUUUAUCAGCUUUAAAACUCUUAAACGACUUGAUAUCACAGAUAAUAUCUACUGAUUCCAAGCCUAUCGUUCUCAUGAAAUUAAAAAUGCCCCAGAGGCAGUUUCUAGAUUAUACAUGGAAUAAUAUCAUAACUACUAUGGUAUUAGAAAGGCGAGAAAUAAAUUAUGCUAUGUCCUGGCUAUCAACAUUAGGCGGUGCAUUUUCCGCUAUGGGAGAUCAAUUUUGUCACUGUGCUCACAUUGCAGGAAAAAUUUCAAUUCAUCAAUUUAAAUUGGCACUCCGUUUAGAUGAUCCAUCUUUAAUUGCCCGUUGUAAAUUAUAUGUAUGUUUGAGUCUUAUACAACAACUAAAAUAUGAUUGGCCAAGAAAAAUAAUUCCUGAAAUUUACGAAUAUUCAAUAACAAGUAAAGAUGUGUGUUUAGGAAGAAUGUGUCAAGGAAUAUGGGCAAAACUUAAAUAUGUUUAUCGUUUAAAGAAAAAAUCAAAAACUAAAAAUUAAUAAAUAUAAAUAUAAAUAUAUACUUGAAAAUAUUCUCAACUACUGGAAUGGCGCAUUUUUGACAAUUAGCUCAUGGAAAUAUCGAACUUUCACUAAUGGCAACAAUAUGAAUGAUGGUAGUUACGAAAAAUACGUAAUUAAAUAAAUUUAAAUUUAAUUUUUCUAUUAAAAAUUAAAUUUAAUGAAAAUUAAUACAUAUUAAAGUAUGUCUAUGUAUUGUAUACGUAUUAUAUAUUAACAACGCUGCAUUGAACGAGGGAUUUGUAAAUAAACUUCCGAUUAUAAAAUCGGAGCUUGAAAAGUAAAAUUUGUCUUGUUAAAAAAAUUUCAUAAAUUUUAGGUCAACCUAAGACAUCAGACAUGGACAGACAUGAUCAUGACUAAUUUCAGGCCUGACCAUACAUGAACAGUAGGGUGGCCCAAAAAAACCGACUAUUUUUUUUUCGAGUCUCUUAUGAAAAUUCGUUGGUUUAUGAUGUUAUAAGAAGCCUCUCCGAAAAUCAGCUCGAUAAAGAAUUUUCAAGAGGUCAUUCACGAAUUUUGAAAAUAUCAAACAUGAUUGAAAUUCGGAUUUUUUAUUUCUAAAUUUUUUCUUUCUCGUUGCACCAAUAGUUUAUAUUUGUAAAAUCAUGACUAUGCUUAAAAUUUCAGCCCAAAAUUUAAAUAUUUAAACAGUGCUCAAGAAUUUCGAAUAUUAACUGAUAAUAUGUCACUAAUAGUUUGAAUUAGUUUUUAUAACUCAAUUAUUGUCAUUUCACUUAAGUAUAACUUUUGCAUAACACAAAAUAUACAGGACAGUCUUAAACAAUAAAAUUUGGUAAGUUUUGAAUAAGCGAAAAAACCUAAAAAUUGAAUUAAAAAACACAUAAGUAUGUAAAUAACUUAUUAUUUUUAUUUCUCGGAUUAUAUUUUCAUUCAUUGUUAUGCAAAUUGAUGGUGAGAAAAUCGAGAAGCUUUAUUAUUAAUAUUCAAGGGUCGCUCGAAAACGUCCAAGACAGCACUUCCAAAUACUUGAGCGAGGUACAAAUAUUUAAAUUUUGGGCUGAAAUUUUAAGCAUAGUCUUGAUUUUACAAGUAUAAACUAUUGGUGCCACGAGAAAGAAAAAAUUUAGAAAUAAAAAAUCCGAAUUUCAAUCAUGUUUGAUAUUUUCAAAAUUCGUGAAUGAUCUCUUGAAAAUUCUUUAUCGAGCUGAUUUUCGGAGAGGCUUCUUAUAACAUCAUAAACCAACGAAUUUUCAUAAGAGACUUGAAAAAAAAAUAGUCGGUUUUUUUGGGCCACUCUAGUGAACAGGAAUGAUCAUGUCUGAACAUUUUUUCCCGGGUCGGUAAAAAUAAAAUGAUUUUUUUUGGAUUUAAAAUAUUUCGCAAAAACGCAAAAUUUUUUAUCUGGACAUGAUCCAGUGAUACCAUUUUAUACGCGUGAGCAAAUUCAUCACGAAAUCGAUUUUUUCUGGUCAAAAAGCAACUUUUUUAUUCUAAUUCAUUUUAUUUUGCUCCUCAUAACUUUGGUUAUGAAGGAUAUCAAUUUUCAGGUGUAUUAUCCUAAGAGUCAAAUUUAGUUUCAUAAUUUUUAAAUAGAAGUAGUUUUUUAAAUUUGAGUGAAAAAUAAUAAAAUGAAAUAUUUAUUUGAAACUUUCUUAUGAUUAUAAAUGUUCGUGCGAAUCAAGAAUUCUUGUAUUAGUUUACAUUGCAAAUAAAAAAAAACAAUCUUAUCAAAUAUAAGUAGACAUAUGUAUAAAUAUGUUAGAGAAAAAAAUUAUGUAUAUGAAAAUUGAAUUUCAUGGCGAAGUAUGAAAUAGCGCAGAUAGUGAGAUAUAUCAUUGAGCCAAAGUCCCCAUUGGAUCCCAGGCUGGUAAAAUAACAGGGUCUUGCUCAAAUACUGCCAAUACUUCCGCAGGUACAAAUUUUUUAUCUACAACUAUUUCGAACACGAACUCCAAGAACCAUUCAGCAGUCAUUGCGAUGUAACCUUUUUCACCACGUUCUUCUCCCCAUGAAUUUUCUACUCGUAAUUUUGUUGGUUUCUCGUCACU